GUGUGUGUGCAUGUCUCCUGACCCUCUCUCCGCUCUUCUCAAGGUUUGACUCAUCAGUUUGGAGCUCCUGCUCCAGUGGAAAAGAGAAGUGUGUGUGAAGUGUCUCCUCAUUCCUCUAUGAAACCAGAAGACAACACACACACUUCUGCCAUCCUCUGAAAAAAUCAGACCCUAGUAAACACACAAAGGGACAUACACACACAGGACGGGAUGCUUUACCUGCUGCUGAUGCUGGCCGUGGUGCCCUGUGUUACACAAGACAUCCAGCCUCCUGUGAUCAAGUGGAACUCGGUCCCUGUCAGUGACUCAGACGUCAUCCUGAACGUCAGCUCCCCAUUGGUGCUGCAGUGCCGUGGUGAUGCCCUGGUCACCUGGCAACCCCGGCUGGCCAGACAUAAGAAGCACAUCGUUAAGGGCUACGCGAGAACCCAGACCCAGACAUUCCGAGUGCUACGAGCGGAGGCAGAACACACAGGAACAUACAAGUGUGUGUACACCAACACCAGCCUGAAGCACAUCUACUCCACCGUGCACGUGUAUGUAAGAGACCCCGCGGUGCCGUUUGUGGUGUUCAGUGGUAAUCUGCGCUUGGUGCGUAAGGAGGGCGAGUCCUGUGUCCUGCCCUGUCUGAUCACCAACCCCACCCUGGCACCCAUCACACUGCGAUUGGCUAAUGGCUCGGCCCCGCCCCCUGACCUCAACUUCACCUCCGACCCCCACAAGGGCGUCAAGCUCCUUCAGCUGAGCCACACCCACACCGGUGACUACGUCUGCUCCGCCCACUCUGGAGAUCAACUAGAGAUCUUCUCCAGAACCUUCAGCAUCAACGUCAUCCCGAGGUUACAGGCUCCACCCUACGUGUUUCUGCAGCAGACUAAGUAUGUGCGCAUUGUGGGGGAGGAGCUAAAGAUCAGCUGCACCACCCACAACCCCAACUUUAACUACAACGUCACCUGGAUACACAACUCCUCACAUGCGUUGCGUGUGGAGGAGGAUGUAAAAUCAAAGGGCAGUCAGCUGGACAUCGAGAGCAUCUACACCAUUCCUGAGGUAACGGCAGACGAUUCCGGAAAUAUCACCUGUGUGGGAACCAACGAAGCUGGAAUCAACAGCUCAUCCACACAUCUACAAGUGAUAGAUGAGGCGUACGUGAGGCUGCGUGUGGUGCUCCCCUCUGAGCUGGUUGGGGGUGGGGGGGUGACAGAGGUGAGCGAGGGGGAGGAUGUUGAGGUGCAGCUGCUGAUUGAAGCCUACCCCGCCCUCACCACACACACCUGGACCGGACCCAACUUGCCUUACAACUCCACCCACUUGGAACACUACUACAGCCAUGGGCCCUACAGGUGGGAGGCCUCUCUGCUUCUCCGGCGUGUGAACUAUCAGGAGCAGGGCCUUUACACCUUCACUGCCCUCAGCCCCAAAGCCAAUGCAUCCAUCUCCUUCACUCUCCUCAUGUACCAGAGGCCAAUUGCCGUGGUGAGGCGUGACAAUGAGAGUGUGCUGACCUGUGUGUCGGACGGCUACCCCGCGCCCACAAUCCUCUGGUACCAGUGCACCGGCAUCAGGGCCACGUGCACUGAGAACACCACAGACAUGUGGAACCCAUCCCAGUUGGGGGCGGAGGCUGUUGAAGUGGAGAGGGCGGGUUUUGGGACAGUGAUGGUGGAGAGUCAGCUUCUGAUUGGCCAGACAGACCAACGCAGCACAUUCGAGUGUGUGGCCGUCAACCACGUGGGACAGAGCAGCGCAGUGUUCGCCAUGGAAGUAUCCGAUAAGCGCUUCUCCUCCUACCUAGCUGGUGGAGCUGGAGUAGUGGCCUUCCUCAUCCUUCUGGUUCUCAUCCUCCUCUACAAGUACAAGCAGAAACCGCGCUAUGAGAUUCGCUGGAAGAUCGUGGAGGCAACCUAUGGAAACAACUACACCUUUAUUGACCCCUCUCAGCUUCCGUACAAUGACAAAUGGGAGUUCCCCCGUGACAAGCUGAGGCUGGGAAAGACUCUGGGAGCAGGAGCCUUUGGGAAGGUGGUGGAGGCCAGAGCGUAUGGUAUGGGAAAGGAGGACAACGUCACACGUGUGGCAGUGAAGAUGCUGAAGGCUAGUGCUCACUCAGAUGAGAAGGAGGCUCUGAUGUCAGAACUGAAGAUCCUCAGUCACCUUGGUCAGCACAAGAACAUAGUCAAUCUCCUGGGAGCCUGUACACACGGAGGCCCUGUCCUGGUCAUCACUGAGUACUGUUCCCAUGGUGACCUGCUGAACUUCCUGCGUAGCAAAGCUGAGAGCUUCCUAAGUGUGGUCCUGUCACUCCCCGAUGUUACAGAGGAAACAAGCGACUACAAGAACCUCUUAGGGGGUAACAAGUUCAUCAGAAGUGACAGUGGAAUCUCCAGCACUUGUUCUGACAGCUACCUGGACAUGAGACCGGUUCCUCAGCCUGGUGGCUCUGUGGCCCUGCCGUGUGAUGAGGACAGAGACUCGUGGCCAGUGGACAUGGAUGACCUGCUCCGGUUCUCUCUCCAGGUGGCUCAAGGCCUUGACUUCCUCGCCAACCAGAAUUGUAUCCACAGAGACGUGGCAGCCCGUAAUGUGCUUCUGGCAGAGGGCAGAGUGGCGAAGAUCUGUGACUUUGGUCUGGCGCGAGACAUCAUGAACGACUCCAACUAUGUCGUCAAGGGAAACGCUCGUCUACCUGUGAAGUGGAUGGCCCCCGAGAGCAUAUUUGAGUGUGUGUACACAGUGCAGAGUGACGUCUGGUCCUACGGCAUCAUGCUCUGGGAAAUCUUUUCUCUGGGUAAGAGCCCAUACCCAAGCAUCCUGGUCGACUCCAAGUUCUACAAGAUGAUCAAGUGUGGGUACCAGAUGCUCCGACCUGACUUCGCCCCUCCAGAGAUGUACUCCAUCAUGAGGAUGUGCUGGAACCUGGAGCCUACGGAGCGCCCCACCUUCAGUAAGAUCUGCAGCAUGAUCCAGAGACUGCUGGGAGACGAGCUGGAGCCUGACACCACGGGAACCUAUCAGAACACUCAGCAGCAGAAGGAGGAAGAGCCGGAGGAGUCAUGUGACGAUGCCAAGUGCACUGAGGAGUCAUGUGACCAGGCCAAGUGCACUGAGGAGUCAUGUGACCAGGCACGUGAUGCAGACGAGGAAGAGGAGCAGCCACUGAUGAAGACCAACAACUACCAGUUCUGCUGAGAGCAGAGACCCAAACACACACACACACACACACACACACACACACUCCCUCUCUCUCACACACACACACAUACACACACACACACAC